UAGUUUUGGCUGGUCAAAGUAAUAAUAUUAUUACUUUGAAUUUACAUUUUCGUACGUAAAAGUAGAUUAUCAAGGCUUAUGCAUUUCAUAUUGAUUGUUGAAAAUGCAGGAAACAACCAGCGUAACACUGAAAGUCAGUCUAUUCCUAUACGAAAACAUAUUACUGAUGUACUUCAAUUAGAUGACUCUAAAGAAGAUGACAUGGAAGGCAUUGAUGUACCAUAUUUUGGAUUGGAAACUUUAAUAGCUGCUACUAAUGGCUUCUCAGAGGAUAAUCGACUUGGACAAGGAGGUUUUGGUCCUGUCUAUAAGGGUAAGCUUCCUGAAGGCCAAGAAAUUGCAGUCAAAAGAUUGGCAAGCCUUUCCGGACAAGGAUUGCAAGAGUUCAAAAAAGAGGUAAUACUGAUUGCUAAACUUCAACACCGGAAUCUCGUUCGGCUACUGGGAUAUUCUAUCCAAAGAGAAGAGAAGAUGCUACUAUAUGAGUACUUGCCAAAUAGAAGCUUAGAUCUAUUCAUAUUUGAUCAAACAUUGUGCAUAUCAUUGAACUGGGAAAUGAGAUUCAACAUAAUCAUGGGAAUUGCUAGAGGACUGAAUUAUCUUCAUCAUGAUCCUCGGUUGAGGAUUAUUCACAGGGAUUUGAAAACGAGUAACAUUUUAUUAGAUGGGGAUAUGAAUCCAAAAAUUUCCGAUUUUGGUUUGGCUAAUAUAAUUAAAGGAAAAAAUAUUGAAGCUAUCACCAAUAGAGUGGUUGGAACCUUUGGCUAUAUGUCUCCAGAGUAUGCUCUAGAUGGCAUGUUCUCAAUUAAAUCUGAUAUUUUUAGCUUUGGAGUAGUACUACUUGAAAUCCUAAGUGGUAAAAGGAACACUGGAUUCUAUCAAUCUCAGAAAAGUAUAAGUCUUCUAGGAUAUGCAUGGAAUUUAUGGAUAGAAGAGAAGCCAUUAGAACUGAUCGAUCAUACACUAAUGAAAUCAUGCAAUUCUAGAGAGUUAUUAAAGUGCAUAACUGUCGGACUCUUGUGCGUACAAGGAGGCCCUGAUGAUCGUCCUACCAUGACAAAUGUGUUGGGUAUGAUUGGAGGUGAUAUCACCACCCUCCCAACUCCAAAAAAACCGUUCAUUAUAAGAAGAGACCAAGCAAUUAAUUCCUCUUCUUCCAGUUCUUCUAAACCUGAUAUGCAAACUGGAAACAUGUUGACAAUCACCGAAUUAGAUCCACGCUAACAGGUAAUCAAAUUAGAUAUGAAUGUAAAUUAGAUUUGUUAGUAAUUUCUUAUGAGUGACCAUCUCUGAGAAUAUUUUGUAGUAUCUAGUGGUUGUAUUAUUUAUCAAGGGCUUCAAUUUAAUUUGUCAAGAGGUCUAAGUAAAAUAUGUGCAAUUAGUAUAAACUGUUACUAUGUAAUUUUUAACGUAUGUUUUAAUCAUUUGCUCGGUAGUUGCAAUCAUUUUGAU